GCCAUGCUCUCGGUGUGGACAGCCAGAAAUCAGACAGUCUUCCAAGCUGACGGUACGAGCUUGUGCAGCGUGUGAACCAACCCUCGGACACACGGGCGGGCCAGACCGAAAGAACCACACAAGGAAGGGACGUAAGCCAUGGUACCACAGAACGGGAACGGGAGUACGGGGAGCACCGGUACGGGGGUGAGGGUCCUGCCGGGCUGGGAGCACGCGGCGCCGGCCGGGUCAGGGCCUGCUGGCGGCAAGCCAACCAUAACAAACAUGGAGAGCGCCAGCGACUCGGACUACGACUCAGACACUUCGUCAUCCAGCGUGGACUCCAACGUAAGUGCUAACUCUAACGUCACGACGUCAUCCGACGGAACGUCCGCGUCGAACGACAGCGGAGCGCUGGUGAAGUCGCCUUCAGCCGGGUCCAACGGAGCGGUCUCCGCCAAGAGCAAGAAGUCUUGCCGGGACGGCCACAUCAAGCGCCCGAUGAACGCGUUUAUGGUCUGGUCUCAGAUCGAGCGCAGAAAGAUCUCCGAGCAGGCACCUGACAUGCACAACGCAGAGAUCUCCAAGCGGCUGGGUCGGCGAUGGAAGCUGCUCAGUGCCGAGGAGAGAGUUCCCUUCAUCCGAGAGGCCGAGAGACUGAAAGUCGUGCACAUGGAGACCUACCCGGACUACAAGUACAGACCCAGGAAAAAGGUGAAGAAGGCGGAUGAGAAACCUUGCAGCGGAUCAAAGAAUGGGAAGGAUAAGAAGAAGUCCAAGUCGAAAUCCAAGAAGUCCAGCGGGAGCAAGUCGAGCGGCGGCGGUGCCAGGGAGCAGGUGAGACACAGCGGGGCGGCGCAGACCACUCACCGGGAGAAGGCGCUCAAAGUGCCGAAGCUGAAGUUGACGAUCGACCGCCGCUUCAGGGAGAGCAUCGCGGCGAGCAAGGCGGUGGAGCUGCCGCCUUCCCAGCACACGCCGCCCGCCAAGGUGCCGUCAUCCCCCACGGCGCGUACACCGGACCGCGCCGAGCCCGUGUCGUUCUACGACGACUUCGAGCCGAUCCAGCGGGCCGUCCAGGCCAAGCCGGCGGCACCAGUCGAGACCCAACCCGAAGUGCAGUCCGAGACGGACGCGGGUCUCCUCCAAACCUGUAUGGACAUGGACAUGAACAUGGACUUUAUGGACCUUGACAUUCCCGGCAGCAGUCCGUUUUUAGACCUGAACACCGUAGCGUCUCAUUUCGAUUUCCAGGACUACUCCACACCUGAGGUGUCCGAACUCAUCCAGGGCGACUGGCUGGAGGCCAGCCUGGCGUCCCUACUGUGAUUCAUCCCCACUCCAACAAGCCCCUCUCCAGCCGCAAGGGCAGACGAACACUUCAUGCAGCCCUCUUUGCGAGCUCACAAGAGUCGGACUUCUUUGAGAUUUAUUUCAAAUCUAAUUCCACUAUUUAUUAGGGGACGCACGAAGGACUCGACCCAGCAAUCGACCGACAAGUUGAUUGCCUGGGUCGUGGGAUUCGAGUCAUUGGUCGCCACCACACACGGACUACUCAUAUGAAAUCAUCCAGUGUAGAAAGUUACAGCGAUCCUGGGUUCGAUCCUCACACUCGCGGCAAAACCGGAUGUGUACACACAGCCAGACGGACUGUCCCCUGAGCGACUUACAUCGUGCCUGAUCAUUCCGUACAGACUCCGAAUUUAGCUGUCCUGAAAUACAGUGCACAGUGCCUGAACUUUCCAGCACCAUUCCCUUCUGAGAUUGUGUCUGAACUCUGCCUACCUACCGAACUUAUGUACAUUCCAGGCAAUUUUUCUACUGUUUUGAUAAAUUUUGUACAUGUUUCUAAUACGGAACCAGGAUGAGCCAGACAGAUUUUGUACAUUUUGCAUAGAAAGUGAUGUAGAAUCCCUGUAUAUGUUUAGCAGACCCUGCAAAUGUUGUGCAUCUUGGAACAAAACCAGAAUUUUAUAUAUCUACAUCCUACUAACAAGGACUUGCCUUCAGAAGUCUACCUUUUGUAAAUUUGAGCCAUGACGUUAUAUUUGAUUGGCAGGUGUCAGUCAAGAGUAGGUCUAACUUGAAAAUAUUUUGUAAAUUGGAGAGUAAAAACUAACCCUGUAUAUAAAGUUGUGUGUGCCUGACUGGUCAGGUCUAGUGAAGGCUGUAUCACUAAAUAUCAGCCUGUUAGUGAUUGGAUGGUAGUGUAAUAUUUACCGGUAGUGUGGGUAGAUUGAAAAUGUUACCCUCUGUAUCGGGCAAUAUUGUAGCAUUUCCAGCCUAUUACGGGCGUCUUUGUUGACCUGUCGCCUACAUUUCUUCCAUGAAUGUUUGUUGUAUAUGCAAAGUUUUGAUACCAGAUCACGAGUAUUUUGCUAAUAUAUGAUGUUUUGCUGCUUUUGUACGUAACUUGAUAUAAGUUCUUUUGUAUCUGGAGAUUUUCUACUUACUCUUAUCACGACAUGAAUACGAAUUCAAA